AGGAAACCAAACCCCACAGAAAAUAAACCAAAACCCUUCCCCACUCAGCUCCCUCUACCCGUCUGACAGCUCCAGUGCUCUCUUCCUUCGCUUGCCGAACAAGAUCUGGGCGUAAGCAUACGCAAUAAUGCGGAGUUCGGUGUUGAUGUGAAGAGUGAUUCAACGUAGGUUCGUUGAUUUCUUCUUAUGGAUCCUUCGUCUUUGAUCUCGCAGAGUGCGAUGCCGGAGAUGUGGCAGUUUCCAAUGGUGGGAGUUUCGUCGGCAGUUAGGGCUACGGCUGCUGGAUUAGGCCACCGAGAUGCGUCGGCGGGAGAAUCGACGGUGACGGAGCAGAGCGUGGGAAAUCGGAGCAGUAAGAAGCGUCGGGAUUCCGGGCCGCCGGCGGCAGCUGCGAAUGCGUUGUCGGAGGAGGAUUCUUCGAAAUUCGUUUCUACCAGCAGUGGUGGCAUUGAUUUGGUAUUUAACUUGGCUGAUAGUGAAGCAAAGCUCUUAAAAACGGGAAAAUCCAUAGAUGAAAACGUUGAAUCAAAAGUGGAUGCUGAAGCAACUUCUGGUGGUAAUAAGCUAGAUCAACCUUCCGAACCACCAAAGCAGGACUACAUUCAUGUGAGAGCCAGAAGAGGUCAGGCGACUGACAGCCACAGCUUGGCUGAGAGAGCUAGGAGAGAGAAGAUAAGUGAGCGAAUGAAGAUUCUUCAAGAUCUAGUUCCUGGAUGUAACAAGGUGAUUGGUAAAGCAUCCGUGCUUGAUGAGAUCAUAAACUACAUCCAGGCAUUGCAGCGUCAGGUUGAGUUCCUUUCAAUGAAACUAGAAGCUGUUGAUUCUCGGAUUAAUACUGGCUUGUUGGAGGGCUUCUCCUCCAAAGAUUUCGGAGGUCAGGCAUAUGAGAACGUAUCUGGCUUGGCGUACGCCUCACAGCCAUCGAGAGAAUACGUUCAACAAGGACCUGCAACGGAGUGGCUUCAUAUGCAGGUUGGUGGUGCUUUUGAGAGAGUUACUAAUUAGCCGUUAUCAGAUUCAAAUUCCAGUUCAAUAAAACAGCAUUUGCCAGAAUUAAUUUCAUCCCUGGUUAUGCGUUAUUAUCUGUCGUAAUGUUCUUACAUUUCAAUCUAAAGAGAUUAUCCCAAACGCGUUUCUGAUAUCCAAUUUAGGGAUCUUUUCUUUUGAUAAAGAAAUAUACAAACAAGUCUCCACGGUCUUUGUAUUCUAUUGUAAUUUAGUGUACGUAUCUAAUAACUGUAUUAAUGCAUUUUGCUGGCAUGGUUCAAUAUAAAAGAUGUUCAUCUAA